AUGAAUUCAGAUCCUCUUCUUCGUACAAAGGCUUACAAGUUUAUAGCUUAUACAACAAUAUCUUUAUCGGUAUUGGCUGUAUUAUCGCUAUGUCUUACUCUGCCAAUGGUUUACAACAGCAUUAGCAUGGCUAAACAUCGCAUCUCGGAGGAAGUCAAUUACUGCAAAUCUUCUGCUAAUAGCAUUCUUCUGAAUAUACAUCAAAUUCGUCAAAUGGCAUUGAACCGUACUGCUCGUCAAGCAAGUUAUGUUGAUGAACCAAUAAUUGCUGAAGAUGAUAGUCAUGUGAAUAGAAUUCGUCCUAUUCCUCUCCCACCAAGACCUCCCAGAUGUUUUGGAUGUUGCUUGCCAGGCCCACCAGGACCUUCCGGAACUCCAGGAAUGCCUGGAAGACCUGGAAGACCUGGAGUCAAUGGAAACCCUGGAAAUCCAGGAAGACCACCUAGAGUACCUUGCAACCCAGGAACUCCUCCACCUUGCCAGCCUUGCCCUGUUGGACCACCGGGUCCACCAGGUUAUCCAGGAGAAGAAGGAGAUCCAGGAGUUCCAGGAUCCCCAGGAGAGCCAGGAACUGGAGAGCCUGUUCCGGGACCUCCUGGAAGAAAAGGAAGAAGAGGAAGACCAGGAAGACCAGGAACACGUGGGCCACCAGGUCCUCCAGGACCAGAUGCUCUCCCAGGUUCAUCAAUGCCAGGAGAACCGGGCGAUCCGGGACCACAAGGACCACCAGGACCAGAUGGAACACCAGGAAGCCCAGGCCGUCCAGGAAGACCAGGAAGAAGAGGACCAAGAGGACCAAAUGGAUCAAACGGAAACCCAGGUUCUGACGGUAACCCAGGAGCUCCAGGAGAACCAGGAACUCCAGGAAAUUCUGGCGAGAACGGUAUCUGUCCAACCUAUUGCGCUGUUGAUGGUGGCGUGUUCUUCGAAGAUGGAACACGUCGUUAA